AAUCAGGAGGAGAAACGAUCCGAUAUAAUUAUCUGAUAAUUUUCCUCCAGAUCCGCUCCCCUUUAUAUUCCGCCCUCCUCUGGUCCACGGCUGCCAUAGCCUAGUUUUGAUUUUCAUUUCCACCGAGCGAGGUGGGGAAAGAGAGCGAGGAAGGGGGGCUCGGAGAGGCUUCGGAAGAACUGGACUUUCUCCCUUAAUAGGAAAACUAAUCAAAUACCGGUUAAAAGCCCUGCUAUCGGCUCGAAGCCUCGCAUUUGAACGCCUCUUGUUGCGGUGAGCGAAGCGAAGAUGUCGGGACAGAGCAUUACGGACAGGAUAACUGCAGCCCAGCACAGUGUAACGGGAUCCGCCGUGUCCAAAACAGUAUGCAAGGCCACCACGCACGAAAUAAUGGGUCCGAAAAAGAAACACUUGGAUUAUCUUAUCCAUUGCACCAACGAGAUGAACGUGAACAUUCCCCAACUGGCUGAUUCGCUGUUUGAGAGGACCACCAACACCAGCUGGGUGGUUGUGUUCAAGUCCCUCAUCACUACACACCACCUCAUGGUCUACGGCAACGAGCGUUUUAUCCAAUACUUGGCCUCGAGGAAUACACUUUUCAACCUCAGUAAUUUUUUGGACAAGAGUGGGCUACAAGGCUACGACAUGUCGACGUUUAUCAGGCGGUAUAGUCGUUACCUGAACGAGAAAGCUGUGUCGUACCGACAGGUCGCCUUCGACUUCACUAAAGUAAAACGAGGUGUUGAUGGAGUAAUGAGGACCAUGAAUACAGAGAAGCUGCUCAAGACCAUCCCCAUCAUUCAGAACCAAAUGGACGCCCUCCUUGAUUUUAACGUCAAUGCCAACGAGCUGACUAAUGGAGUCAUCAACGCAGCCUUCAUGCUCCUCUUCAAAGACUCCAUCAGGCUCUUUGCUGCUUACAAUGAAGGCAUUAUCAACCUGCUCGAGAAAUACUUCGACAUGAAGAAGACCCAGUGUAAAGAAGGCUUGGACAUUUACAAGAAGUUUCUCACUCGAAUGACUCGAAUAUCAGAAUUCCUCAAAGUAGCAGAGCAGGUGGGAAUCGAUCGAGGCGACAUCCCAGACCUUUCACAGGCUCCUAGUAGCCUCCUUGAAGCUCUGGAGCAACAUCUGGCCUCUUUAGAGGGCAAGAAAGUCAAAGACUCCACUGCAGCAAGCAGGGCCAGCACUCUGUCAAACGCCGUGUCAUCACUGGCCAGCACAGGCAUGUCUUUCACUAAAGUGGACGAACGAGAGAAGCAGGCAGCUCUCGAGGAGGAGCAGGCCCGACUCAAAGCUUUGAAGGAACAACGGCUUAAAGAGCUCUCCAAGAGGCCAUCCUUUGCCACAACGGAUACGUCACCGGUCUCCACCACCGGGGGCACCAUCAGCACCGCACCAACCAUAGACCUCUUCUCCACACCCAGCUGCUCAAACGGUGCAGUGAAGAUGGAGAGUGACCUUUUUGACCUUCAGUCCACUUUCCAGCCCCCCCUGCAGUCCGGCUCCACGGGGCUUCCGGCGGCGACAGCGUGGGCAGAUCCUUUCACCUCUACUGAAGCGGGAGAUGAAUCCAUGCCAAACCUUAACCCUUUCCUCUCAAAACUCGUUGUCGAUGCCACUCACUUACCUGUCGUGUCUUCAGACGGUGUUAGCUUUUCCUCUAGGACAUCUGGUCAUGAAGUGUUUGGUGAUCUUUACAAUCCCUUUACUGACACAAACUCUUCAGUUUCAACCAAUUACAAACGCACAGUGCGGAUAGAGCCGUCCAUCUCAGACUCCUUCUGUGGUCCGGUGUCGGUCGCUCAGCACCACCAGGCUCCCUUCCCCGCUGAGCCCUCUGCUGUAGCCGGUCUAUUCAGAGGGUACUCGACGCCACAGGCCCCGCCACAGCAACCAGCCGGGGGGCUCCAGGUGGACUUCGAGUCUGUUUUUGGAAACAAAGCCUCCGGCGGCGGCGGCGGCAGCCUCAACUCUGAUGAUCUUUCCGGAGGCAUCCUGAAACCGACCCUCGCCGGCUCAAACCAGUUGUCCAGUCAGCUGCCAGAGAAGCUGGUGUCGGACGACCUCGACUCCUCUUUGGCCAACCUCGUCGGCAACCUCGGCAUCGGUAACGGCACCAUGAAGAAUGACAUCCACUGGAGCCAGCCGGGGGAGAGGAGGAUGACCGGCGGCACCAACUGGCAGCCCAAGGCGGCGCCCACCACGACCUGGAACCCCGUCUCCAUGCCACCGUCAAUCAUGGCCUUCCCUGCCACCACACCCACAGGCAUGAUGGGAUAUCCCAUGCCUCCACAGAUGGGCUCAAUGGGGAUGAUGAACCCCCCCACCAUGAUGUACACCCAGCCCGUCAUGAGGCCUCCCAACCCCUUCGGCUCCGUGUCCAGCGCUCAGCCCUCUGCAGCCUCUAGUCCUUCCAGCCAGAGUCCUCUCCGAGCCCCUGGACAGGACCCGUUUGCACACCUCUCUCUCAAGGAUUUCUUGUAGAGCAUCUCUUUAGAUGCAGUUCAUGUAAUUUGAAGGAAGUGUCUCUCAGAAGACGAAGCACUUAGCAGCAGAACUUUGUCCUCGUCGCAGUCCAACUCUUCAGAGAGGCUUCCACGACCCCCCCUCCCCCAAAUACAGACACGUCAACAACACAAAGGUGCACCGACUUGUCAGAAACCAUGGUAACCACGUCCAAACGGCGUUUGGCGGAUAGCUCACACCCAUUUCUUCUUGUAAUAAGAUGUCCGAAACGCCGAGUGAUGCUGCUUUCUAACAACACCCCCCCCCCC